AUGACUAUAGAGGUGGGUUCCAUGUGGAUGGUUUUUGCUGCCAUUGUUGGUGCUCUAUUGGUCCUAAGAUCACUCCUCAAAAAUGUAAAUCGGUGGCUCUAUGAAUCCAAAUUGGGUGUGAAGCAGUACUCUCUGCCCCCAGGUGACAUGGGUUGGCCCAUAAUUGGGAACAUGUGGUCCUUCCUUAGAGCUUUCAAGACCAAUGAUCCUGAUUCCUUCAUGUCCUCCUUUGUCUCUAGGUUUGGACGUACUGGCAUAUAUAAGGUCUUGAUGUUUGGAAAUCCAAGUGUAGUUGUGACAACACCUGAAGCAUGCAAAAGAGUUUUAACAGAUGAUGAUAAGUUCACACUUGGUUGGCCUCGUUCCACAGUAGAACUCAUUGGAGAGAAGUCAUUCAUUGCAAUGCCUUAUGAAGAACAUAGACGCCUUAGGCGUUUAACUUCUUCUUCAAUCAAUGGCUAUGAAGCACUCUCUGUGUACUUGAAAUAUAUUGAAGAAAUUGUCAUUACUUCAUUGGAGAAAUGGACCACCAUGGGAAAAAUUGAGUUCUUAACUCAGAUGCGUAAGCUUACUUUUAAAAUCAUUAUACAUAUUUUCCUUGGCUCAGAAAGUGAACCUAUUAUGGAAGCUUUGGAGAAAGAAUACACAACACUUAAUCAUGGAGUGAGAGCCAUGCGAGUUAAUCUACCUGGAUUUGCAUUCCACAAAGCAUUGAAGGCUAGGAAAAAUCUAGUGGCUAUAUUUCAAUCUAUUGUGAAUAGCAGAAGAAACGAAAGGAAGGAAAAUUUACCCACCAAAAAAGCAAAAGAUAUGAUGGAUGCUCUGAUAGAUGUUGAGGAUGAAAAUGGAAGAAAAUUGGGUGAUGAGGAUAUCAUUGAUAUCAUGUUGAUGUACUUGAAUGCGGGUCAUGAAUCUUCAGGACAUAUUACUAUGUGGACAACCUAUUUCCUGCAAAAGCAUCCAGAAUAUCUCAAAAAGGCUAAGGAAGAACAAGAAGAAAUAGUAAAGAGAAGACCUCCAACACAAAAAGGGUUGAAACUCGAGGAAGUUAGACAGAUGGAUUUUCUUUCCAAGGUGAUUGAUGAAACAAUGCGUCUGAUUACAUUCUCACUAGUGGUCUUUCGGGAGGCAAAAUCUGAUGUCAAUAUUAAUGGUUACAUCAUUCCAAAAGGUUGGAAAGUUCUGGUCUGGUUCAGGUCGGUUCAUCUUGAUCCUGAAAUAUAUCCUAAUCCAACGGAGUUUAAUCCUUACAGAUGGAAUAAUAUACACAAGGCUGGAGAAUUUCUUCCAUUUGGAGCAGGAACUAGAUUGUGUCCUGGGAAUGAUCUUGCCAAGCUGGAAAUCUCAGUUUUCCUUCAUCAUUUUCUCCUGAACUAUGAGCUUGAACAGCUUAAUCCAAAAUGUCCUGUGAGAUUCUUACCGCAUACAAGGCCCGAGGACAAUUGCUUGGCAAGGAUCAAGAAAUGUUCAUCUGCUUGA